CGAUCGCACAUCGCGUCCAACGGUUGUUCUCGUUUCCGAUAUGGAAUCGCUCCAACAGCAGCACCAGCACCAUUUAUCGGGAAGUGAGGUUGCCGGUACACGCACCGGAGGUGCUAGUGCUCCUAUCACAACGAUCACCACGCCACGACCAGCACCACCAGCUCCACCGCCGCAGUGCUACUUGCCGACCUGAGUUCAAUUCGCAUAAAAGGCGACGAAUUGUCGCAGUCUGCUUCAUCUCCUUUGUGAAUUGAUCUAUCUUCUCAUACAGAUGAGCAGCCGAUCGAAGGAAAUACCCGGCCUGGACAGCCAACGGUCUAGCCACUGUCCGGUGGUACGGGAGGGUCCCGCGCUGGGUUGCAAUUUCUGCUGGAACACAAGGAGGAUACUGCGACGGAAAACCAAGUACCACUGUCCCGAGUGCCAGACGAACUUGUGCAUUGCGCCCUGCUUCCAGGAGUAUCACGAACGCCAAUCGGCGGAGAACCCUGCCCCCACCAGCAACGACAUCGGAAGCGGCUGUGUGUAUGGUGUAGGUGGAUUGUACGCAAAAGUGGAUCUCCGAUUUGUUGAGAACCUUUACUUUUGCGGAAUUGUGUCAUUCUCUUUGUUGUUUUUGAUGGGAUUUGAAGUCUCUGAAGACCGCCGACUAACCGUGCCGCUAGGUUUUUUCUACAGUGGAAAUCCAAUCGGAACUGUCCAAGUGAAAAGCCGUCGUGCUAUUACGUUGUCGUCGUGCUAUUACAUCGGAUCGGAAUUGCGGAUUUAUGAUGACUCACUAUCGCUGAUAUAGCCAUAUUGCUAUUAGCCAACUACCUAAAUCUCUUUUUGACAAUAGAAAGCUGUAAAAAAUAAUACGCAUAAAUAAUUAUUAAGUACUGAAUGCUCCCGUUUGGCACACCGCUCGAAAAAUAAAACAGAAAAAAGGAUAAUUCAUACAAAUCAACUCUAGUUGGUCGCUCAAUGUGAACGUUUUAAAACAAUGUACACGCCCGUUUCAAAUCACUUAGAGACUGAGUGAAAUUGUAUUGCCGUCUC